AUGUCGUACAACAAUACAGCCGCCAACGAGCAUUUGCCUACUACCCCUGCAGUCAAUAGCACAACCAAAGUGGCCAAAACCUCCAGUGGACCCCUUUCACCUCGUGCGCCUCCCCUUAUUUCCAAGUACAGAGGCGAGCCACCUUCCCCACCCCGCAAGACCCCUCAGCGAUCUCACACUGGGAAGGAUGGAAUAUUCUUUGCAUCCAUUGGUGGAUCCAAACCCCCCUCCUUCUACAUUAUUCAUCCAGAAUGGGCCAGUGAGGCAGAAGGCAUCUCGAGACUGGGAACUCGAGCGAAGAGUAUAGCGCAGCUGCGGGAGAAUGGAAGGCGACCUAGGAGAGAUAUUCCUAAAAGAGCUGAUGCGGAGAUUCGAGGAGGGAUUCUACCUGUGGAUAGAGGGAACGAGAGCAUACUCACAACAGCACGGAGGGCAAAUAUUCACAAUCCUGUUUGGCCCCACAGAUGUAAAAGCUCUCCCGCACAGCGAUCUAGAAAUCCCAUUGCCUGGGUCUAG